GAUCAACGCAAAGGUGUAUCCGAUGAUGACUUGAUGUGUUUGACGUCGACUUACACCAUACAUACACCGUACAUACAUCCUGAUAUCCAAACGGAUGGAUCUGCCUUGGUAGAGUAUGACUGACAACAAUCCUAAUCCUCCUCUUUACCAUCAAACGUGGCAUCUCCUCUUCUCUCCAAAACCUUCUUUCGGAUGAGACCUUGUUCACUUGGACUAAGACAAAGACUGCGGUUCAACAUCACGAUACGAUAAAUUAACUUCAAAAGAAAAAAAUGGGACCAAAAUCUUCACAUCCACCUGUCUCAUCACCGCCAGCAAACCCAAAAAUACCACUGAACUAAUAAUAACUCAUAAUGGCAAGAAAGGAUCAUAGGAUAAUCAUACACUUUGAUUAUGACUGUUUCUACGCGUCGGUCUUUGAAAAUGAGAAUCCCGCUCUCAAAUCGGUACCUUUGGCUGUACAGCAGAAACACAUCAUCGUCACAUGCAAUUAUGAAGCUCGACGUCGUGGUCUGAGUAAGUUACAAUUGAUCCAUGAAGCCAAGAAAAUCUGUCCCGAUGUUGUUAUUGUGCUGGGAGAAGAGCUGGGUCGAUUCCGUGAUGCCUCCAAAAUGCUGUAUAAACAUCUGGAAAAGUUCAGUUGGUCGGGGAAAGUCGAACGGCUAGGAUUCGACGAAGUAUUCAUGGACGUCACAGAUAUUGUUGGCUAUAAUGAGAAACUUCUCAAUCCAAAUGAUUUGACACACUCCUUCCUUCAAACGGACCGUAAUGAUCCUACCGCGGGGUUUAACUUUGACGCGACGAAGAUUGCCGGCCAUGUCUAUCCCGACUUGCAGCCGUGCGGCGAGGCAUCCCCUCAACAGACACCGAAUUCGGGGUCGCCGAAUAAUGAUGUCGGACUACUCACCCGGUUGAUUGUGGGUUCACAUCUUGCCCAGCAUUUGAGAUUAAGUCUAGAAGAAGAGAAAGGCUACACUUCGACUGUUGGCAUAUCCACGAACAAACUUUUGAGUAAGUUGGUAGGCAAUCUUCACAAACCAAAGGGUCAAACAACCCUUCUUCCACCUUACGAAGUAUUGCCCAGUGAUCAUGGACUACAAAGUAAUGUCACUGCAUUCAUCGAUAGCCAUGAUAUCGGUAAAAUACCUGGCAUUGGGUUCAAGAUGUCUCAACGUAUUAGGAACCAUGUUCUAUCACGUCCAGCCGAUUUUGAAAGUGGGUUAAUCUAUGGCGGUACCAAGGAAUCUGUUACAGUUCGUGAUGUCCGUCUCUUCCCCGGCAUUGGCCCUGAGAUACUCGAAAGGCUACUUGGGGGACCGGGAGCAGAGAGAGGUAUUGGAAGUAAGGCUUGGGCAUUGAUCAAUGGUCGCGAUGAUUCAGAUGUGAAGGAUAUCCGAAAGGUGCCAUCCCAAAUCUCAAUCGAGGAUUCAUAUGUCAAGCUUGAUACUUUGCCACAACUGAUAAAAGAGCUUCGAAUGCUUGCAACAAGUCUCUUGAAUAGGAUGCAUCAAGAUUUACUUGAAGAUGAAGAAAAAUCUGACAUACCAUCAAAACGAUGGAUAGCUUAUCCCAAAGUACUGCGCUUGUCCACCCGACCCCGCCCACCCUUGAACGCAGAUGGUACCAGAACCCGAAGCUUCAAUCGAAUCUCCAGAUCCGGACCCCUACCCAAUUUUGUUUUCAAUCUAAAAGAUGGUAAAGACAGCAUUGUCGAACGACUCAUCCAAGAGUCUUUGAUCCCCAUGUUUCGAAAAUUACAUCCCCAGAAAUCGGAUUGGAAUCUGAGUCUGGUCAAUAUCGGAGUCACAAACAUGAUUGAAGCAGCGAGCGAGGAUGGAUCUUCGGGUGGCGUCGGUAGAAAUAUAGGCACCAUGUUCAAGGGACAAGAAGCAAGGCUUAAAGAGUGGAAGGUGCAGGAUAAAGAUACACCACCCGAUUUCGUGGCAGACAGGAAUGAGCUUCCUGUAAUGAAGCAUCCUUCCAGUGAUCACGCUGAGACAGAGUACACCAUGGGCUCAGAAGACAUGGUACGGCCACACGAUACGGUGGACGAACUAGAUUUUUGGAAUGUAGAGGAUGAGGAUGAGGAUGAGGAAAUGGAGCAUCGGGAAAUCUGUCAUGUAUGUGGUGCAAUGAUGCCCGCGUUUGCAAUGCCAGCUCAUGAACGCUUUCACAACUGGGAGGGGGAAUAAAAAAUAUCAAUCCUGAUGUGGGGCCAUCUGAAAUGAAUUGAUGACUUGUCAUCGCUAUCAUGACUAUGUAGGAACGGGAGUGGGCAUGAGCAGGGAAGAAGCAAGAGAUAACAGACUCUGAGAAAUGUUACCUGGGAGAGUGGAAUGACACAACUUAGAAGUUAGAACAAGAUACACACCCCAUAGCAGCUAGCGCACUACAAUAAAUAACCAUCCAAACUGAUUCCCCGGAAGCACCUACUAGGUAGGUACCCGCAUAUUGCACCCUAUAAAUAUCCACGUACAUGUCUAGUAUAUACACUUAUUUAUACCUAGUGCUGCCUGUCCUGUCUCACCUCGCACAGACGAACAAUUUCCUUCUCAUGGAACCAGCUUCGAAAUAGGUCUUUAUGGAUGAGGAGCGGAAGAUCAUGAUCACCCGGGGAACUUGUGGAUGCCAAACUUGACAAGUCAUCGUUUUUGCAUGAGUGGGCGACGGGGAUUGUAUUCCUUCGAUUGUGGAGUCGGAGGGAAUGGAGUUGGAUUGGAUUGAAUUGAAUAUGUGGACACUCGAGCAGGGCAGGAGAACAAGAACAAGAACAAGAACAAGAACAAGAACACAGGAAGAAAGAAAGAAAGAAAGAAAGAAAGAAAGAAGAAGAAGAAGAGAAGGAAGGAGGGAAGGGGGGAGAGAGAGAGAGAGAGAAUUCGCAUAGUGAGAUAGGACAAGGUAAGACACGACACGACACGACACGAUAUCUUUCUAUUCUUUCUAUUCUUUCCAACUCUCAACCCCUGUUCCGCUCUGUUCUACUCUACUCAACUCCUCUACUCUGUCAAUUCAGAUACACAUCUAAACACACACACACACACACACACACACACACACACACACACACACAUAUAAACAACCAAAUAAAUAUACAUGCAAAAUCUCCACGAACAGAUCUCCCAUGCUAGACACAUCUAAUCACGAGAUCGUAUUCCUUCCUUAGCAAAUACCAAAUCUCAAAUCUCA